AUGGGUGUAUUCGAUAGGGAUGAGUUCCUGCGAGGAGUUAGCAAAGGCCUGGAUAAAGAGCGGUGGAAGGAAGAGUUGGUCCUAGAUUCAAAGCGAGUCUAUGAGUUCACAGGUAUUUUCGCUAGAGCCGCGGGGUGUGACUACAUAGAUUGCGCCACUGCUCGAGAGUACUGGAGACUAUUUUCUGCUUAUUGGACCUUCCCAAUGGUGCCGAAGUUGUUGGAGUGGGCAGACAAGCAGCCGGACAACAUGAAGAUCACUAAGGACGCCUGGAAUGUAACAUCAGCACCUUAA